AUGAAUAUGUUGGAUGAUGAAGAUGACCAAAGCUUUCACGCUACGCGUGACGGCUACUCCUAUUUGAGCGAUGUCGAAUGGGAUGCGGUUGAACGAAUGGGUUCGACCAUGGGCAUCCAUGCUGUUAGCUUCAUGCUAGAGGCUCUCAAUAGAGAUGCCCAACAUGCUACUAUCGCCAAGUUCAUUCAAAAUGAACUUGACGCUGAACGCGAGAAAUAG